UCAUGCUCGCUUAUUUAUAUUCCAGCCAUCAUCAAAUCAACAGCUUGCUUCUAGGCUUUGAUUUAUACGAAAGCAUCUCGAAAAUCCAUGUGAUGAAACCAAUAAUAGUGAUAACAGUGAAUGUGAACUGAAAUUAUCAAAUCAUGCAGUGCCCUAAUGUACGGAGAUCAAAGUGGUGUGAAACUUGAAAAAAUGUCGGAUUCUAGCAUGCAAAUCGCGUACAAGGAUGAACACGCAACAGGAUACUGAUACUGCUUGAUAAGUUAAAUUGAAGGAGUUCAAAAAAACAUAUUUCAAAGCUUCCAACAAACAAUUAGGUAACAACAGCUGAAAACACCUAAGAUUCAAAUUCGAUUUCCACGGAACCAUCCACUUUGGCUUUUUAACUUUGAACUAAAAUGUCAAAUGCAAUUUUGAAAACAGAACGCGGCGAAGUGUUGAAUUAUAGUCACAGCUAUGGAGAGAAUUACAAUAACGAUGUGAACACUAUGCCAUACGUACUUUCGAGCUCUACGAGUAAAACCGGAGUUUUUGAUAAUGAAACAUGGUACGGUACUAAUAGUAGUAAUUGGAAUGAACCCUUGCCCAUUGAUAUGCAAUUCAACGAUGGACACAAGUUGCAGAUUGUUGUUUACAGCGUACUGAUGGUCAUUUCUGCCAUAGGAAACAUAACAGUGUUGGCACUUCUUAUCAAACGGCGGCUCAAAUCUCAUUCCCGAAUAGAUAUGAUGUUAACCCAUUUAGCUAUAGCGGAUUUAUUGGUAACAUUUCUAAUGAUGCCACUAGAGAUUGGGUGGGCGGCAACUGUCCAAUGGAGGGCGGGCGAUAUCAUGUGUCGUGUGAUGGCAUUCUUCCGCACAUUUGGAUUACAUCUAUCAAGCUUCGUACUGGUCUGCAUAUCCGUAGAUAGGUAUUAUGCUGUAUUGCAGCCACUAAAUCUUUCCAAAAGCAGAGGCAAAAUAAUGAUAUUGAUUGCAUGGGCAAUGGCCACUCUCUGCAGUGCACCACAGCCCUUCAUCUUCCAUGUCGAAAUACACCCGAACCACACCUGGUAUGAGCAAUGUGUGACGUAUAAUACUUUCUCGAAUGACAACUACCAUACGGUCUACAAUAUACUAGUAAUGAUGUUUAUGUAUGCAUUGCCUUUGUUGACUAUCAUUUGUUCGUAUGCGUCAAUCUACAUGGAAAUCUUCAGACAUAGUCGGAUGCCAAACUCAGAGGGCUUUCGACGAUCAAGCAUUGAUGUCCUAGGUCGCGCAAAGCGAAGAACAUUGAAGAUGACCAUCACCAUAGUUAUGGCGUUUGUCAUAUGUUGGACCCCAUAUUAUGUCAUGUCUGUAUGGUAUUGGCUGGAUCAAAAAUCAGCGGAAAACGUUGAUCAACGUGUGCAAAAGGGUUUGUUUCUUUUUGCCUGUACCAACAGCUGCAUGAACCCAAUAGUGUACGGCAUCUAUAAUGUGAAGCUUCGGAAAAAGAAAAAACCUCAUUCACGCAUUCAAAUGGUCAAGCUAGAGAUCAUUCACAGAAGAAACAGCUGCAUCCAGAGCAUGGACGGUGUUAAGUCAGGCCAAUCUUCCGUUAUUCUAAGAAACUCUGCAAAAUAUACCAGGCACUCAGAAUCCAUCCGAUCUUCAUCAGAUGUUUCAAGUGUGGUUUUAGAUUAGUUUGGAUGGUGGAAGCUGUGGUUAUAAAUUUUGUCAAGGAUGGAUCGUGCAUUUUGUGGGAAAUUGAAAGAAAAACCUCAACUAGCUGUGCGAAAAAUUGUUUGUGAAAAACGUAUUGAAAAAUAGAACUGCAACAUGUAUUCCUCUCAAUAAAAGAUGAAGAAGCUCA